AAAUUUUGGUAUUAUGUUCAUAAGUUCGAUUCAUGUUUUACUAAUUAGGAUCGUGUUCGAUUCUUUCCGGGUCUGGUUCGAAUUAAAUUAUAACCUAUGUCUGAAAACGCUCAAAAAUAUUUUUUGAAAAACUAAUUUACAAAACCUAAAAUAUAUAAAUUAUUCACAAAUCUAAAUAAACACUAGUUAAACUAAAUAAAAAUACUCAAAAUAACAAAUAAGACAAAUUACAAAAAUCUUUAAAAUAUUAUAAAAAAUCUAAAUUACCUUAACAUAUAUAAAAAUAUUAAUAUAUUUAAUUAAUUUCAGAUAUUUUCAAAUCCUACUUCAAAUUUUGGUUCGGUUCGGAUUGUACCCAAGUUCCAAAAUAUCAAGCUGUUAAGUUCCGUUCAGAUAUUUUGUAUAACGGUUUGGCUCCGAUUUUUGAUUUUUGUAUUUUCGGUUCGGAAUAAGUAGGGAUUUUGGUUUGAGGUAAAAACGUUCAGACUUAGUUUUCUUCAUCUAAAAAUAUAUUAAAUCAUCGAUAAAACAGGACACAUCUACGAAAGUUGAAAGAUAGAAAAUUUGAAUAAAAAUCGUUGAAGAUUAAUUAAGAAAGUAAAUAAAAAUCUUAGAAACUCAUUUUUGGUAGUAUAAGAAAAAAAUCUGACUAAGGAAUUGUUAUUUGGUAACAAAUCUGACUCCAACGGUGGUCAACUAAUUAUAUCUUGAAAUUUUGAUUUAUUAACAUUAAUUGAAAAGUGAAUAAGAACAAAAUCAUUCUCUGUAGAACAAGAAAAAAAAAACUGAAAAAUAAUAGGUUAACUAUUAGCAAUAAUAAUAAUGACGUGAGUCAUGUGACCUGACCACCCUUUAAUUAGCAAAAAUUGCAUCGUUUAUCAAUUUUACUUACCACCUAAGUUUUUUCUUUUGCUUAAAUUUGGUUUGUUGUUGUUUCCUCUACUUACCACCUAAGUUACUUACAUAUAUUUCAAAAAAUCACUCUUGUUAUUUGGUUUUCUCCCUUCUUCCAUCACAGAUUGCAAGUUCUCCUCCACUCUCUCUCGUCUUGUCUAGACCACAUUUCUGAUUCUUUCCCCCGGGUUCUCUUACCGCGAACUGUGGUCAAACAUGGCGGCACCUAACGCCCCCAUCACGAUGAAGGAGGUCCUGACGCUUCCUAGCGUUGGGAUAAAUCAGCAAUUCAUCACGUUUACAAAUGUUACAAUGGAGUCUGACAAGUAUAUAUGCGUGCGAGAGACGUCACCACAAAACAGUGUUGUGAUUAUUGAUAUGAAUAUGCCCAUGCAGCCUCUUAGAAGGCCUAUCACUGCAGAUUCUGCUCUUAUGAACCCAAACUCAAGAAUCCUUGCAUUAAAAGCUCAAGUUCCAGGAACUACUCAGGAUUAUCUACAGAUGUUUAACAUUGAAGCAAAAGCAAAGCUGAAAUCACAUCAGAUGCCUGACCAGGUUGAGUUUUGGAAGUGGAUUACACCCAAGAUGUUGGGGCUGGUCACACAAAACUCAGUGUAUCACUGGUCCAUUGAAGGUGAUUCUGAGCCAGUGAAGAUGUUUGAUAGAGCGACCAAGUUGGAAAACAAUCAAAUUAUUAACUACAAGUGCUCUCCUAAUGAGAAGUGGUUGGUCUUAAUUGGAAUCGCUCCUGGUCCUCCUGAGAGACCACAAUUGGUAAAAGGAAACAUGCAGCUAUUUUCUGUGGAUCAACAGCAGACCCAGUCCCUUGACGCACACGCUGCAUCAUUUGCUCAGUUUAAGGUCCCUGGGAAUGAGAAUCCUUCUACCCUUAUAUCCUUUGCAACCAAGAGCUUUAAUGCUGGGCAGAUAACAUCAAAUGUGCAUGUCAUUGAGCUUGGUGCCCUACCCGGAAAGGCAUCAUUUACAAAAAAGAAGGCAGAUCUCUCUUUUCUCCCAGAUUUUGCUGAUGAUUUUCCUGUUGCCAUGCAGAUCUCUAACAAGUUUAGCUUGAUAUAUGUCAUCACCAAGCUUGGCUUGUUGUUUGUAUACGAUCUAGAGACUGCUUCUCCUAUCUACAGAAACCGGAUAAGUACAGACCCAAUUUUCUUGACUUCUGAAGCCUCUUCUGUUGGGGGUUUCUAUGCCAUUAAUAGGAGAGGACAAGUUCUUUUGGCUACCGUAAACGAGGCUACUAUAAUACCUUUUAUUAGUGGUCCAUUGAAGAACUUGGAGCUUGCUGUCAAUCUUGCUAAAAGAGGAAACCUCCCUGGUGCAGAAGAUCUGGUUGUAAAGCGUUUCAAAGAGCUGUUCGAUCAAACAAAGUACAAAGAGGCUGCUGAGCUUGCUUCUGAAUCUCCUCAGGGGAUUCUAAGGACACCUGAUACAGUGGCCAAGUUCCAGAGUGUUCCUGUACAAGCUGGGCAAACUCCUCCAUUGUUACAGUAUUUUGGGACGCUUUUAACUAAAGGAAAGCUCAAUUCAUAUGAGUCAUUGGAACUGUCUCGCCUUGUUGUGAAUCAAAACAAGAAGAACCUCCUGAAAAACUGGUUAGAAGAGGAUAAGUUAGAAUGCAGUGAAGAACUUGGAGACCUUGUCAAGACUUUGGAUAAUGACCUUGCACUGGAAAUAUACAUCAAAGCCCAGACAUCUCCAAAAGUUGUAGCAGCACUUGCAGAAAAAAGGGAGUUUGACAACAUCAUAAUUUACUCAGAGAAGGUUAAGUACACACCUGAUUACUUGUUUCUUCUGCAAACCAUACUCCGUACAGAUCCUCAGGGAGCCGGAGAAUUUGCAGUAAAGAUGUCUCAUAUGAAAGGAGGUUGUCCACUUGACAUCAACACCAUCACUGACCUUUUUCUUCAGAGAAAUCUAAUCAGAGAAGCUACUGCUUUCCUUUUGGAUGUGCUGAAGCCAAAUUUACCUGAGCAUGCUUUUCUGCAGACUAAGGUUCUGGAGAUCAAUUUGGUAACCUUUCCUAACGUGGCUGAUGCCAUUUUAGCAGGGAGUAUGUUCAGCCACUAUGACCGGCCUCGUGUUGCUCAGCUUUGUGAAAAGGCUGGACUUUAUAUCCAAUCCUUAAAGCAUUACUCAGAGUUAAAUGAUAUAAAACGUGUGAUUGUCAACACACAUGCCAUUGAGCCACAGGCUCUUGUUGAUUUUCUAGGCACUCUUUCUAGCGAUUGGGUUAUGGAGUGCAUGAAAGAACUUUUGAUAGUUAACCCGAGAGGCAACCUACAGAUAAUCGUUCAGGCUUGCAAGGAGUACUGUGAACAACUUGGUGUUGAUGCAUGUAUUAAACUCUUUGAGCAGUUUAAAUCAUAUGAAGGGCUAUACUUUUUCCUAGGCUCAUAUGUUAGGAUGAGUGAGGAUCCUGAGGUUCAUUUCAAGUACAUUGAAGCAUCUGCAAAGACUGGUCAAAUAAAAGAGGUUGAGCGUGUGACUAGAGAGUCUAACUUCUACGAUGCUGAAAAGACAAAGAACUUUUUAAUGGAAGCGAAGCUUCCUGAUGCAAGGCCUUUGAUAAAUGUUUGUGACCGUUUCGGAUUUGUACCUGAUCUUACUCAUUACCUCUACAUAAACAACAUGCUGCGUUACAUUGAAGGUUACGCUCAAAAGGUGAACCCUGGGAGUGCUCCUUUAGUUGUGGGACAGCUGCUUGAUGAUGAAUGCCCUGAAGAUUUCAUCAAAGGUCUCAUCAUCUCUGUUCGUUCAUUGCUGCCUGUUGAACCUCUUGUGGAGGAAUGCGAGAAGAGGAACCGGCUACGUCUCCUCACACAUUUCUUGGAGCAUCUAGUAACCGAGGGAAGCCAAGAUGUGCAUGUCCAUAACGCCUUGGGUAAAAUCAUCAUCGACAGUAACAACAACCCUGAGCGUUUCCUAACCACCAACCAGUACUACGACUCUCGAGUUGUCGGUAAGUACUGCGAGAAACGUGAUCCUACACUGGCUGUUGUGUCCUACAGAAGAGGACAAUGUGAUGAGGAGCUCAUCAACGUCACCAACAGAAGCUCUUUGCUCAAGUUACAAGCUAGGUAUGUAGUGGAGAGGAUGGAUGGUGAUCUCUGGGAGAUGGUUCUUGAUGAGAACAAUGAGUAUAGAAGACAAGUUAUUGACCAAGUUGUGUCUACUGCAUUACCUGAAAACAAGAGCCCGGAGCAAGUUUCCUCUGCUGUUAAGGCGUUCAUGACUGCUGAUUUGCCUCAUGAGCUUAUUGAGCUUCUUGAGAAGAUAGUGCUUCAGAACUCUGACUUCAGCGGGAACAUCAACCUGCAGAAUCUGCUGAUACUGACGGCUGUCAAGGCGGAUACAUCUAGAGUUAUGGAUUAUGUCAACAGGCUUGAGAACUUUGAUGGGCCUGUUGUUGGAGAAAUGGCGGUAGAAGCUCAACUCUUUGAAGAAGCGUUUGCUAUUUUUAAGAAGUUUAACUUAAACGUUGAGGCUGUUAAUGUAUUGCUGGAUAACAUCAAAAGCAUUGAGCGUGCUGCUGAGUUUGCUUUCAGGGUUGAAGAAGAUUCUGUGUGGAGCCAAGUUGCUAAAGCUCAGCUCAGGGAAGGACUAGUCAGUGAUGCAAUUGAGUCCUUCAUCCGUGCUGAGGACGCUACUCAUUUCUUGGAGAUGAUACGCGUUGCUGAGGAUGCUAAUGUCUAUGAUGACAUGGUCAGUUACCUUCUGAUGGUUAGAAACAAGGUGAAGGAAGUUAAAGUUGAUAGUGAGCUCAUCUACGCAUAUGCAAAGAUCGAUAGGUUAGGCGAGGUUGAAGAUUUCAUUCUGAUGCCAAACGUUGCUAACUUACAAAUCGUUGGUGACCGCAUGUAUGAUGAAGCUAUGUAUGAAGCUGCCAAAAUAGUCUAUGCGUUUGUAUCAAACUGGGGGAAGCUAGCUGUCACGCUUGUGAAACUGCAACAGUUCCAAGGUGCUGUUGAUGCUGCAAGGAAAGCAAGCAGUGCAAAGACAUGGAAGGAAGUGUGUUUUGCUUGUGUUGAUGCAGAGGAGUUCAGAUUGGGACAGAUCUGUGGCCUAAACAUUAUCAUUCAGGUGGAUGACCUGGAAGAAGUCAGCGACUUCUACCAAAAGAAAGGCUUCUUCAGUGAACUAAUCUCACUCAUGGAGAGUGGACUUGGGCUGGAACGUGCUCACAUGGGUAUCUUCACUGAGUUGGGUGUGCUCUACGCUAGAUAUCGUUAUGAGAAGCUUAUCGAACACAUCAAGCUAUUCUCCACUCGCCUCAACAUUCCCAAGCUUAUACGGGCAUGUGAUGAGCAGCAGCAAUGGCAGGAGCUUACCUAUCUCUACAUUCAAUAUGCUGAGUUUGACAACGCUGCGACCACUGUCAUGAACCACUCUCCUGAAGCGUGGGAGCACGUGCAGUUUAAAGACAUUGUUGGCAAGGUUGCGAAUGUUGAAGUCUACUACAAGGCUGUGCACUUUUAUUUACUGGAGCAUCCGGAUAUGAUCAAUGAUCUUCUCAACGUGCUUGCUUUGCGGUUGGAUCACACGCGUGUUGUUGAUAUUAUGCGGAAGGCUGGUCAGUUGCGUCUUGUCAAGCCAUACAUGGUUGCAGUUCAGAGCAACAAUGUCAGUGCUGUUAAUGAAGCUUUGAAUGAGAUAUACGUGGAGGAAGAAGACUAUGAAAGGUUGCGUGAGUCUAUUGAUUUACAUGACAGCUUUGACCAGAUAGGCCUCGCUCAGAAGAUAGAGAAACAUGAGCUUGUUGAAAUGAGACGUGUGGCUGCUUAUAUCUACAAGAAAGCUGGUAAAUGGAAGCAAUCAAUUGCUUUGUCAAAGAAGGAUAACUUGUACAAAGACUGUAUGGAAACUGCUUCACAAUCUGGCGACCAUGACCUUGCGGAACAACUACUUGUUUACUUCAUUGAACAGGGGAAGAAGGAAUGCUUUGCUACAUGUCUCUUUGUGUGUUAUGAUUUAAUCCGACCAGACGUUGCUCUAGAACUUGCCUGGAUGAACAACAUGGUCGACUUUGCCUACCCGUAUCUUCUCCAGGUAAUGCGAGAGUACACAGGCAAAGUGGAUGAAAUAAUCAAGGACAAGCUGGAGGCACAAAAAGAAGCGAAGGCCAAAGAGCAGGAAGAGAAGGAAGUCGUGUCCCAACAGAACAUGUACGCACAAUUGUUGCCAAAUGCUUUACCGGCACCACCGAUGCAACUUGCUUUAACGGCACCACAACCAAUGGGAGGGAUGCCUCUCAUGCCACCAUUUGGAAUGCCACCAAUGGGUGGCUACUAAGACACCACACAAUAUUCCCAGUCGUCGAGUUUAUGUUUGAAUUUUUUUUUUAAGCAAGUUUAAUGUUUGAAUAAUAACUCUAAAAUUAUAUUGUAAUUGAGGUUCGAACUCGGAUGAUAAUAAUCUACCAGCUUAGUGUUAUGUUGGACCCUAAUCACAAUCCUACGCACACACUAACUUAGACCAUCACCAUUGAACACUAGAUAUAAGCAGAUUGUAGAAAUAAAAGAUUAAAACAUGUAAUAAAACAUAGUUCUGAUUUAAAACAUAGAAUCUAUUAGGUCCAGCAAAAAAAAAAACAUUAAACUUCAGAUAGAAAAA